AUGAGUGUGAUACGUUCUCCCCCUUGGGAGAGAACACGAUCCACAAGUGAGACUAAAACUCUUACUCCGCAAACAGUGCCGCUACAUAUCGAAAACUCGAACUCAAUGCCGUGCGCGAAUUUAGCACAAAGCGGAUCAAAAACAAACGGGCCAAUACAGUCAGCUCCCAUAAGCUGCAAUAACAACAUGCGCUCUACAUUAUUGCCAUGGAGCGCAGAGCGCUAUGCUGAUAAUCAAAUCAACAGUCCCGUAUUCCCUACAUCAUGCGUGAGCACAACUGGUAUGCCCACAACUACCACAACAAAUUCAUCGACAACUACUUGUUCAGCUGUAGCUUCAAAUGGUACAACAACAACUGCAUCGACAGAACUAAUGGUAGCGACCAUUUUGUCUGCCUCUACGCAAUCAGCUACACCAAAAAAGCAAACUGCGUUUAAAAGGGUUCGAAACUCACCUACAAAGGUCUCAACGUCGACUGCCAGUAGCAAAAAAAUUAAAGCAACAUCAACCCUGAGUCAAAGCAAACUGCCAAAUUACUGGCUGAGUGGAACUUCUUCUGCAAACAAAUUUGCAGUUUUAGAUGUGGAUGAUGAAGAAGAAUCUGCUCAAACUGCAAACAGUGGGCAAAUUAAAGAUCCACCAUCACAAAAUAUAAAUGCAAAUAAAGAUGUAAAAGAAAAAAAUAAUAAGCCUCCGCCAAUAUAUGUUCAAGGUGUAGAAUAUAACCAUACAUUUGCAGGAGUCAUCACGGCAGGCGUGUCCGUACCCGUGCAAAUACCCGCACAAAGUGCCAGUGAUUUAACCAGCACAAGCUACUGGCCACGUCUUCAGUGA